GAACGGGCCGUUCUAUCUCUGCCACCGUCUCGUCUUCCAUGAGACACAGCAGGCCGCUCUAGCCGCGGAGCCUCCGGUGUCUCUGGUCCCUCCCCCUCCUCUGAGGAAGGCGCAUGGAGCUGCCUUUGGGGUUUGAGUUUGAGGAGUCCGUGUUCGAGGGGGGCGGCAGGGGACAGAAGGACUCCUCAGCACUCCCCCCCACCUACAGUGCCCGUUGCUGCGAGCCUCAGUGGUUUUGUGAGGAAACCAACUUUGAGGACGAGGCUGAAAUUAUCAAUGUAAGAAAAUUCAAAGGAGAUUUUGCAUAUAAUCAACAAGAGUUUAAGAAGGCUCUGUGUGAGUACUCCAGUUGCCUUGCGCUGCUGCCUCCCAGCAACAUAGCCAUGAGAAGAGACAUACAAGAGAGUCAGGCUCGCUGCCUAGCUCAUUUGGGACGACAUAAGGAAGCCUCGGAGAUUGCAGAGAUGCUGAGGAACGGAGCAACAAACACCGACCACAUCACAACAGUGCUGCUCCUGCAGUUUACCAUACAUCGCACCGCAGGCUGUGCCGAGAAAACAAUCGAGUGCUUGCAGCAGUUGAUUUCAUUGCACCCUUUUCAUCCUGGGCACUGGAGGUCGCUGGCUGAGGCUUACGUGAGCCUUCUGCCUUUUCCUCUGCCCUUGUGGGGCUCAGAAGCUGAUCUCUUGCAAAGCGACGGCUCAGCUGUUUUAUCAGAGCCCCUUGGAAACAGAGCCGGCUUUCAACUUUGCAAAAAACAUGCCUGGAAGGUGGAUUUCUGUUUGCACCUUCCCUCCAAAACAAAUGGCAGCUUUGGGUCUAAUGGGGAGGCACACAUCGGCGACUUGGAAAAAUUAGAACCAAAGCACACAGAGAGAAAUGUGAUUCUUGGUACCAUAGGACAGGAAGAGAUUUGGAUAUAUGCAUGUGCUUCCUUUGUUAGAGCAAGGCUCUUGCUUCAGCUCCUCCAGCUUCAUCAGUCUUCCUUUGCAUUAGAGAGCAACUUAAAAGCGCAACAGGAAAUCGAAGAGAAAGUUGCAUCUUUUAGACUGAGCAGGGACGUUCUGUUCGUGGUGACCGAGGUUAUGGGAGAGGAUCUCACCCCGGAAAAACUCAAAGAGGACGCCCAGGGGGAGGUGAAAUGCGUAGGGGCUUCAGCGCUGGCUUCCCUAAUGACGGCUUCAACGGCGGGAUUUGAAAGGAAGUGGUUCCAAAAGCUCAGAGACGAACUGUGCUGCUCGGACUGCUGCACGUGAUGGAGGCUGGCCCCGGUUAAGACUCGUUCUGUUUGGUUUUACUCCGCCGGAGACAAGGACUCCAUUGGACGUCGCUAAAGGGCACGGACAGCUGGGCGGCUCAGCAUUUUCACUGGUCAGGGGAACGAGCGGGGAUUCCACACCUGAAGCAACCUGAGGCUGCCUCCUCCAAGAAACCUCCAAGAACAUCAUUUCUGCUUAUAGCAGAGUGCUUUGUCCAGCGGGAGGUGGAUGGGCUGCUACUGGGUGGGACGAAGCUUAGCAGAUCUGGGUUCGGCCAAUGCCAAGGUUGGAUUCCUCCUGGAAAUCCUGCAUUACUCGCCUUGCAAGGAAAUAAUUUUUGUGGGGCACGGACCACAGUCAUCACUUCCACCAAUAUUAGCUGAGCCCUGUUCACCUUUUCUGUCCCUAGUGUGUUUCAGAUACUUGGAACGGUACCUGGACUGAGGGAAUCUGGACUUCUUGGAUGCAAGAGCAGCAGUGGCGUAGUGGUUAAGAGCAGGUGUUCUCUAAUCUGGAGGAACCGGGUUUGAUUCCCCGCUCUGCCGCCUGAGCUGUGGAGGCUUUUCUGGGGAAUUCAGA